ACAUUUGUUUUUUCAAAUGCGAAAAAUUCAUCAAUUUGACCCGCGUUUUCUCAUCGAAGACUUGUCUUCUGUUUUUAUCUCUUUCUUGUUCGCCAUCGCCAUCGCCAUCGCCAUGCUCUCUUCCUCCGACCACCGCUGACGGCGGCGCCACCACAACCAUGGGAAACUGCAACGCGUGCAUCCGAGCCCCCGAAGGGGCGCCCCCAACGCCAGGCCCCUCCACUCCAAGAGGCAACAAAAAAGCGCGCGAGCGCCACCCCAAUCCCUACGCCCAAUCCCCGUCGCCGGUGCGCGUGCUCAAGGACUUCAUCCCGCGCACCAGGAUCUCCGACAAGUACAUCCUGGGGCGCGAGCUCGGCCGCGGCGAGUUCGGCGUCACCUACCUCUGCACCGACCGCGAGACGCGCGAGGCGCUCGCCUGCAAGUCCAUCUCCAAGAAGAAGCUGCGCACCGCCGUCGACGUCGAGGACGUCCGCCGCGAGGUCGCCAUCAUGUCCAGCCUGCCGGACCACCUCAACGUCGUCAAGCUGCGCGCCACCUACGAGGACAGCGAGGCCGUGCACCUCGUCAUGGAGCUCUGCGAGGGCGGGGAGCUCUUCGAUCGGAUCGUCGCGCGCGGCCACUACAGCGAGCGCGCGGCGGCCGGCGUCGCCCGGACGGUCGCCGAGGUGGUCAGGAUGUGCCACCAGCAUGGGGUUAUGCAUCGCGAUUUGAAGCCGGAGAACUUCCUCUUCGCGAAUAAGAAGGAGAAUUCGGCUCUCAAAGCCAUCGAUUUUGGCUUGUCGGUCUUCUUCAAGCCUGGUGAGAAGUUCUCUGAGAUCGUGGGAAGUCCUUACUACAUGGCGCCGGAGGUGCUGAAGAGAAAUUAUGGACCUGAAGUUGAUAUAUGGAGUGCUGGUGUCAUUCUUUACAUUUUGUUAUGUGGAGUUCCCCCUUUCUGGGCAGAAUCUGAGCAAGGUGUUGCACUGGCAAUCUUGAGAGGAGUGAUUGAUUUCAAGAGGGAACCAUGGCCUCAAGUUUCUGAGACUGCAAAGAGUCUUGUUAGGCAGAUGUUGGAGCCGGAUCCGAAAAAGCGCCUGACUGCCCAGCAAGUUCUUGAUCACCCAUGGAUACAGAACGCAAAGAAAGCUUCGAAUGUUCCACUUGGAGAUGUAGUAAGGGCAAGACUCAAGCAAUUCUCAGUCAUGAAUAGAUUCAAAAAGAGAGCAUUGAGGGUGAUAGCAGAACAUUUGUCCGUUGAAGAGAUAGAAGUAAUUAGAGACAUGUUCGCUUUAAUGGAUACCGACAAUGAUGGGAAGGUUACGUUUGAUGAACUAAAAACUGGUUUAAGGAAAGUUGGUUCUCAGCUGGCUGAGCCUGAAAUGAGGUUGCUGAUGGAUGUGGCUGAUGUGGACGGAAAUGGAGUAUUGGACUAUGGAGAGUUCGUUGCUGUUACCAUCCACUUACAGAGGAUGGAGAAUGACGAACACUUCCGCAGAGCAUUUAUGUUCUUUGACAAAGACGGGAGUGGGUACAUAGAACUAGACGAACUACGAGAAGCUUUAGUUGAUGAGUCAGGAGAGACGGAUGUUGAGGUACUCAAUGACAUCAUGCGGGAAGUUGACACUGACAAGGAUGGGAAAAUUAGCUAUGAUGAGUUUGUUGCAAUGAUGAAGACGGGAACGGACUGGAGAAAGGCUUCGCGACAAUAUUCAAGAGAAAGGUUCAAGAGCUUAAGCCUUAACCUGAUGAAAGAUGGGUCUCUGCAGCUCCAGGAUGGGUUCACAGGUCAAACGGUUGUAGUCUAAAAGGUUUUGAUCACACUAGUCUUGCUCGACUCAAUAUCUUGCGUGGCUUGAAAAUAUGAAGCUUCUCAAGUGCUGGAGCUUCAGGUAACUCAGUUUGGUCCUUUGAGGUGAUGAUGCAUCUUAGUUUCUUUGUGUUGUUGUUAGGGUAUGUUAUUGAUAAAGAUGUCUUUUUUUAUUGUGUUUUUAUCUUGUUCCUUGUAUAUGCAGUGUGCCUUUUGUUAACCACCAUAGUUGAUUUUUUUGUUGAUUGGAGACGUUAUACACUCAUGAUAUUGGAGCUUCCCUACCCUUCAUUGUGCAA